CUCUCUCCACCCCAUCUCUCAGGCGGUGUGGAAUCUGGCUGUGUUUAAUUGCAGAGUGGCAGCCAGGCACAAGAUCUGAGGGACAGAUCGGGAAUCACACGGAGCCGCUGCGUCUGUCAACACUUUACAAGCCCCAGUCCUGAGAAAGGAAAGACAGAGAGGGUGAAGAGAGGAAGUGUUUGGAGUUUGGGAAAGGGAGAGUGAGUCAGAGCAGGGAAUUUUUACGCAUGGGAACGAGCAGAUCUUGGAAGAAGGCAGAGAGUUAUAGAGAGGCUUUGAGAGAGGUAGAGCAGGAAAGGGGUGGAGAAACGGUGAAGUAAGACCUCAAGUGAGUGAAUUAGAAGAAGGAGAGGUGGAGGAAAAAAACUGGAGGGAGGGAAAGAAAAGAGGCCCACUGCUGGAGAAAGAGCAACAAGCUGCUUUGGGGAAGAACGUGAGAGCGGGAAAGUGGGAAAACAAGAGUAAGUUAGAAAAAAUAACUAGGAGGAAGGAAGGGGGGGAGCGAGACGGGCAGAACAAAAAGUUGAAGGGGGAAGUUGCGAGAGAGAAACAGUAUGUGAGAGAGAGCAAUAAAUGAGAGCAGACGCUAGACGAGAGCUGCGCAGAUGAGAAAAACAGUCGCUGUGGAUGGCCUGGGUGGAGAGAGAAUGUGGAGACCAGUUGCAUUUUAAGUCAUUUGACCGGACGGCUUUUGGACUGGCAUGCACUCGGACAAUACGAUAUCGGGACAGCGUGCGUUCCGGACACCAUCCUGCCAUCUCUGCUUGCAGCAUGAAACCGCACGGCCCCAGAGCAUACCGAACGGAUCGUGCCUGCGCGUGGAGUCCGGAGUAUCACAGCGGACGGUCACCCUCCCGUUCCCAAAAGACUUGGCAAUAGCCGACUACAGACCAGAGAGGACGGGAAGCUGUGCGACCUCUUCUCCACGCCAGGUGUACGCUGAGGAAAUUCGCCAUCCAUCUUACUCCUGGGGGGAUGUGAGGCCGGGCAGGUGGGAUAGGCCAUUAGACUCUCCGCACGCCCCCUGCACGUGCGUGAGGGAGAUACGCAGAGAAUGCGGCUGCGUCCAACGAUGGUAUUACCCAGAACACCCCUUUAAUGGACGCCAUGUCCCGCCAUACCCAAAGAUCAGAGGUCAAAGGUACUAUAGAGAGGUCUUGUACGUCUCGGAGCAGCACUACAAGGGUCACGAUCAAGAAGACGAAGAUUUACAGGAGCCUCAGUGGGACAAUCGUGCAUCUACAUAUAAUGGACAUUGCCAAAGGAGACAAGUAUCUUUCCAGAAUCACGAAGAGCGGCACUGGGAUUGAGACUAGCAGACAAUCUAGUCCAAACAAGCCACUCUAUAAUGGGACAAACUCUGGACCGACAGCUUUCUUUCCCACCGAGGUUCCCCCGAGCAAGCUCAGUCAAUCGAGGGUGCGUGGAUACAAACAGGGACAGGAAUUAAAAACGUCUACUGAGGGUGAAAGUCCGGAGAAUCAUGAUAACCAGAGGAAGAGUCAAGGAACAGUACGUGAACAGAUCAAACAAGUGGUCACAGAGCUAGAGGAAGUGCUGGGUGGUCUCAAACAGGUCCAGUUGGAGAUGAAAGAGGUUGUCCAACAGAUUGACAUUCUGACAUCCAACAUUGACCUUAGUGAAGAGGAACCAAGUCUAUCCAAUGGCUACCUCCACGAUGCACAACACAGGAGCAGUAAUUGGACCAACGCUGUUUCUCCUGGUGUUCAGGGAGAAUCACCAAAAGAUCAAAGUGACACAACACCAGAGACUUCUGAUUCCUCUAUUACACAUUACCCGCUCGAUGUGGAUAUUGUUCAUAUUAACGAUCCUGCAGCGAUGAGAAACCACACAAACCUUUCUCCUCCUGACCAGCGAUCAAUCUCAGCUGAAAAUAACAGCAGGACAGUCGUCCAACAGAGCUCAGAGCUUCACGGGAUGAGGAGCACAGCCAAUGGUACCUGCUUACCACAUCGAACACACAAAGUCAAAACUAACGGACACCAGCAUCAUAAAGGAGAACUGGAAAAUCACAUGCCACCUUUUUCACUAGUAGGCACAAAAAGUAAGAACCACCGGCCUCCACCUUAUCCCCAGAACGGCCAGGUGAAAACACAGACAGCCCCCUGCCCUGGAAAACAUAAGACGAUCUCCUCUACUAUAGUGUAGAGAGACUGAACUUACCAUCCCAAAAAAGCCUCUUAUAACCAAAGAAGACAACACACUUAAAUACACAGUAACAGAUGCAAAUGCAACACACACACACACACAUACGUAUUCAUUUACAAAGGAUGUUUUGCCGAAGGCCGCUUGGUGACAAAACUCAGGGGAUUGAUGCCACAAAGCUCAUCUGAGGACAGAAACACUUCAAACCAAAGUGCAGUGACUGUAUUUCCCAUGGAAAACUCCAGGAACAUCUGGAUCUCAGAUCUUCUUCAGCGUUUCAGAGAUAUAUCUCUGCCUUUCAACAUUAAAAUAGACCCAUGGCCAUCCAAAGCGCUUUACAAUUUGCCUCACAUUCACCCACUCGUUCAUACACCGACGGCAGUGUCAGCCGUGCAAGGCACCAUCCAGCUCAUCGGGAGCGGCUGGGGUUAGAUGUCUUGCUCAUGGACACCUCAACACUUGGUCAGGUGGAGCCGGGAUUGAACCACCAACCUUACAGUUUGUAGACAACAUAUAUGAUCCACUGAACCACUGCUGCCCCCAUUACCAAAGCUAUACAUCAUUUAAUAUAUAAAUUACACACCUGUCAUAUUUCUUCUCAUGUAGACUUUGACCCACUGCAUUUUAAAUGAAUGUUUAUCAUCAUAUCAAGUAUGUACUUUUCAUGUACAUCAUGUCUUUAUUGAGACCAGCCAAUCUAAUGGUUGUGUUGCUCUUUUUCUCAUUUAUGCAUUUUCUGACUGUUGGACAACCGGACGUCUGUGUGGUUGGAAUUCUGGAAUCGGAAUAUCACAGUAUUAUCCAACACAUCCGACUCUGAAUGCAACAUUAUUGCUACAGUAACUGCAUCACUGUUUGUUAUCAGUUAACAUUUAAACUUUAUCUCAUCUCCCAACCACCAAUUUCUCAACCCAUUUUAAAGAUUUUUUUGCUUUCAUGUAGCCAUUCCUAAACCAUUACCAGUAACCAGUAAUGGCUUUCAGCUGGUUAGCAGUUCAACCAGUUUACGCUGUUUUCUUUUUUUUUC